UUUACGUCAUCAAAACAAGCCGACCUGAGCAGCAUGGAAGAAUCCUCUCUGAAGCAUUUUUGACCUUCUAAAAAUAUCCUAUCAAGUAGUUUCGGGUUGAAUACAGCUUUUCAUAAUGUCGGUCAAGCAUGCAUCAGUUCAUGCCAAAUGGAUCAUCGGCAGAGUAAUAGGGACAAAGAUGUACAAAACUGCCAAAGUGAGAGUCACAAGGCUGGUGCUGGACCCUUACCUGCUCAAGUACUACAACAAGAGGAAAACCUACUUUGCCCAUGAUCCUUUGCAACAGUGCACUGUGGGAGAUGUCGUCCUUCUCAAGGCUCUAACUGAGGCCAGGUCCAAACAUGUGAAGCAUGAACUGUCUGACAUAGUGUAUAAAGUCGGAAGGGUUGUCGACCCACUGACGGGAAAGAGCGUUGAAGGAAAUGAGUUUGUGGAGCCUCUGACUGACCUUCCACUCAGCCUUGGAGAGGACACAAAGUUAUCAGAAAAACUGCAGGAACUCAACAUCUCUGCCGCAUCCACUGGAGCUGACUCCCCACCAGCACAAACUCCCACUUCAUGAUAGAAAAACAAUAUUCUUUUAUGCAGUAGUGUUAGCCUAAAUGUCUCUGCAAUUGCAUUUUUGUUUAGGGUGUUUAUGUAAAUAUAAAUGUAUAAACCAUAUAGCAGUAAAUGUCAGAUACAUUUUCUUUGCUAGGUAGUUUUGAAUUUAAGACACAUUUCCAAGGAAUUUACAAUAAAAUGACAAUAAGAAAGCAUGGUGUCAUUCACAGACGUAUGCAUGGUGCUCAUAUAUGUUUACUGUCAGACCAAUGAUCUAUGUUGAAAGACAUUACAGUCAAAUUAAAUAUUUCCAUUUAUAGUCUACAAAUGCAGAAACAUUUUAAGUCCAUAUCAGUAAUUUGUGCAUUCAU